AUGACGGCCCGGGCAAUCUUUCCGACAUUCUACGACAAGGAAACGAAGAUAUGGAGCGGAGCGCCCAGGUCCGCGCUGUACGACUACAACUGCUCCAUUGGCCAGGUGGCACACAACACCCUGAAGUGCUGGCCCACAAACGUCCUUCAGAUCACCGCCGACGACGACACAGUCCUCACCAACGCCGAUGUGCUCUCCCUGGCCACCCGCAUCGCCCUCUACUUCAAGGCCGAGGGCCUGACCCACGAGGAUAGGGUCGGGAUCAUCGGCAAGGGCAGCACCUACGUCAUGCCCGUGGCCACCGCCUGCUUCUUCAACACGACACCCUUCCAUGCCGUCAACAGCAGCAGGGAGCCGCAGGUUGUCGCCAGACUCUACUCCGUCACGAAGCCCAAGAUCAUGUUCUGCGACGCCGAAGACUACGAGACCAUUAAGGAAAUCACCAAGGAGUGGACGCCAAAGAUCAUCACCCUGACGGGUCGCGUGGAGGGUGUGCCCAGUGUGGAGGAUCUGAUAAAGCCCCAUCCCUCCGAGGCAGUCUACAGACCCACGCCCCUGGCUGUUGGCGGCGAUCAAACGGCGGCGGUGCUGUGCUCCUCAGGCACCGCAGGCCUCCCCAAGGCAGUGGCGCUCUCCCAUCGUCACCUCUGCAGCACCAACUCUUUCUGCUUCAGCGUGGACGUGGUGUACACCAGCGCCGCCAUUGAUUGGAUGACUGGAUUCACGAUCAUGGUAAUAAGUCUCACCUGCGGAUUCACCCGCAUCGUUUCGAGCAAACCUUUCAGCGCCGAGCAUGCCGUGGCUUUCGUGCACAAGUACAAGGUCACCGGCCUCGCCAUGGCGCCCUGGCAGGCCUACGAGCUGUACUCCAGUCCCCUGGCCAAGACGGAGACUCUGCAGAGCCUGAGAUUCUCCUUGGUGAUCGGCGGCUGGGUAUCGCUGGCCGUGCUGCGCAAAUGCCAGGCCCUGUUGCCCAAGUGCUACGUCAUGUUCUCCUACGGCACCACCGAGACGGGCAUCGUGACGAUAAACAUCGACCAGAGUCUGGAGAACUCCGUGGGCCGCGUGGCGCCUGGCAUGCGGGUCAAGAUCCUCGACGAGAACCGCCAGCAGCUGGGUACCAACGGGGUGGGAGAGGUGCUCAUUGACAUCGGACUCAGGUGGACGGGGUACGUGGACAACGCGGAGGACACAGCCGCCACCCUGCAGGACGGUUGGAUCAAUCUCGGGGACCUGGGCUACUUCGACGAGGACAACAACCUGUAUCUGGUGGACCGCAAGAAGGACCUGCUGAAGUACAAGUCCAAGCACUACUGGCCCAACGAGAUCGAGCACGUAAUCGCCGAGCUGCCGGAGAUCGAUGACGUAUGUGUGGUGGGCGUGCGGGACGAGCGCUACGGCGAUGCGGCCGGAGCUUUGGUCAUCCGGAAGAAGGGCGUCGAGAUCGCGGCCCAGAAGAUCAUCGAUCAUGUGGCCCAGCGGGUGGUCGUAGACUACAAACAGCUGAAUGCCGGCGUUGUCUUCGUCGACCACAUCCCGACGAACAUCAAUGGCAAGGUCAUGAGGAGUGCGGCCCGCGAUAUCUUCGAUGAGCGCUCCAAAUGAUGGCAUCCGUGUUCAACAAUAGGGAAGGGAAUAUUACAUACUUUUAGCAUACAAAUUAUUAAAAGAAACACAGCCUUUUUGUUCAAAUGAAUAAAACCUAAAUCGUCUUAAGUCCA